AUGGUUCAAAACUCAUCCCGCGACUUUGACAUUGCCAUUAUUGGUGGGGGUAUUGCUGGUGCGACUCUUGCUGUCGGUCUGGUGCGUGCCAAUAUCCCUGUGACGCUGUACGAAUCGGCCAUGGCGCUUGGUGAAAUAGGUGCCGGUGUCGCCCUUGGCGCCAACGCUUCUCGCGCAUUGGAACUCCUAGCGCCGGACGCCAAACGCGCCUUUGACCGCGUUAGCACGUUCAACCAUUCCUCGGCAAAGAAGAACGUGUGGUUUGACUUUUACAAGGGCGUCGAGACCCCAAGCAGCGACAUCAACGAAGGCGUCGGCGACUUCAUAACGACCGUCGAGACGCCUGCCGGAUCGGCCUACGUGCACCGUGCUCGGUUCGUCGACGAGAUGGUCGAACUCAUCCCGGAGGGUGUCAUUGAACUCAACAAGCGUGUGUACGAUAUCGAAACGCUUUCUGACGGUAACGUCAAGCUCAAAUUCGUGGACGGCUCCGAGGCUGUGCACAGCGCCGUGGUCGGCUGCGAUGGCAUCAAGUCGCGGACACGCAAGGUGAUUCUUGGCGAGAACGACCCCGCUGCCAACGCCGUCUUCGCGGGAAAGUACGUCUACCGUGGAUUGGUUCCGAUGGAGAAGGCCGUCGCUCUGCUAGGCGACGAAAUGGCUCGCAAUAGCCAAAUGUAUUUGGGCUACCACGGCCACGUAAUUACCUUUCCUAUCCAACACGGCCGUGUCAUGAACGUAGUCGCGUUCGCCAGCAAGAAGGAGUGGAAGGAUCAGAAGUGGGUCGUGCCCACAACAAAAGAGGCACUAACCAAGGACUUUGCGGGGUUUUCUAAGCACGUCCGUGACAUCAUUUCCAUGAUGGAAAACACCGAUAUCUGGGCGCUUUUCCACCACCUGCCCGCUCGCACGUACUCGCGCGGCAAAAUGCUCCUGAUCGGUGAUGCGGCUCACGCCACGACGCCGCAUAACGGAGCGGGUGCAGCCAUGGCUAUCGAGGAUGCCUACGUGCUGUCGUCGCUCUUGACUGACGUCGAACACGCGUCCGAUCUUGAGGCUGCCUUUCACGCAUUUGAAAAGGUGCGUCUCUAUCGCACCGCGAAAGUGGUGGUCGAGAGUUACGAAGCGGGUCAGCUCUACGACUUUGAGCUGCCUGGCUGCGGGGACGACCUGAAAAAAAUUACAAAAGCCCUGCAGAAGCGUAUGCGAUGGAUCUGGGAGGAAGACCUGGAACAGGAGAGCCAUUUAGCUUGCUGUUUCCAGCCCAGGUCAGAAGGGGUCGGUUGA